GGGUCAUGCACCCUAACUCGUUCAGCCUCACCAAUUUGUUUCUUAGAGGACAUUCUAGUACGCUAACUUAUUUUUGCAGAAGCUUUUCGUUCAUUUUUGGUGUCUGAAGUCUGAACGUUUCCAGGAAUCUGAGAAUUUUAUGUUGGGGAUCUGAAACUGAGUCUCUCGAAUUAGCUUCUUCAAGCGGAAAUGUCUUCUCCUGCUGAAUUUUAUCACUCACUUCCACCUGUAAGCAAGGCUUAUGGCACCCUUUGCCUGGUGGCUACUACAGCUUUUCAACUUGGAUUAUAUAAUCCAGUACAUAUUGCGUUGCUGUACGAGGAUGUGUUCUAUCGCUUUCAGGUCUGGAGGCUGUUCACAAACUUCAUUUUCCUUGGGAAAUUCUCUAUCAAUUUUGGGAUUCGUCUCUUAAUGAUAGCAAGGUAUGGCGUCCAACUUGAGAAGGGACCAUUUGACAGGCGAACUGCUGACUUCUUGUGGAUGAUGAUAUUUGGAGCCUUUACUCUAUUGGUCUUGUCUGCCAUCCCUAUUUUUUGGUCCCCUUUCUUGGGAAUAUCACUUGUUUUCAUGCUUCUUUAUGUCUGGAGUAGAGAAUUUCCAAAUGCCCAAAUCAACAUAUACGGACUUGUCUCACUUAAGGCUUUCUAUUUCCCGUGGGCAAUGCUUGCUUUGGAUGUCAUAUUUGGUUCACCCCUAGUGCCAGAUCUACUAGGUAUCAUUGCGGGGCAUUUAUACUACUUUUUGACAGUGUUGCAUCCCCUUGCUGGUGGAAAGAACAUAUUAAAGACUCCAUUAUGGGUACAUAAAUUGGUUGCAAAGUGGGGGUUAAGAGCCCAGCCAAUGAACCGUGGCGCGGGAACAACAAAUCCUCCAGCGCAGCCAGAGAGAAGCUCGGGGGUGGCUUUCAGAGGAAGAUCCUACCGACUCAGUGAGUAGAGGGAGCCAAUUUCUCCUCUCAAGUUUCUUGCUUCUGUCCUGAUUGGAUGAUGGCAUGACUAACACUUGCACAGGUUGCUAAGCCCUUAUAUUUCAAAUGGAGUGGUAAUGAGAAGGAUCAGUACAUGAACCAUGAGAAUUCAUUGCAAGCAAACUUUGUUUGGGGGCUGCCCCUUUGUAAUUUUCUUUGACUUUAGGAUGUUUUCUGGCGGAAUUUUGAAGGUGGAAAAGGGUUUUAAAAGAAAAAUCUUCUGUAUUAAGCUUAGCUUAUUUACAACUGCUCAUUCUUGUCGAAAUCAUAAAAAUUUUCAUGUA